AUGUAUAAAGUCACGGGACCUUGUAGUGAUAGUAGCCUUAAUAUCAAGAUCAACAGUUGCUCGCUCUUGAAGCUGCCAACUGCAUCAUCGCCCCCUGAUAUGACUUCUGACACGCUUCACCCACCAGCCAUGAUUCCAACCAUUAAACAAGUUCUCAACCCUUUCAUCCCAGGAACCGCGGUCUUCAAGCUGCCGGGACUGCGUAAUAGGACCAGAGACGCCUCAACGAGGAAUAGCACGCAGGCCCCGCACGCAGCCCCGCGUGUGGUGACGAUUGAGGACCUAGAUCACCUGUUUCCCACCCUGGAGGACUACCAGCGCAGACGACGUCGUAAGGAGAAAGAACCCGGCCGCCCUCUCGUCGAAGAUCAUUACGAGCAUCCUGCGUUGGAAUACUACGAGAACCUACGCUUCCCCGAACAGGCCGUCACCCACGCUGGGCCUACUGACUACAAGAUGGAUCUCAACAAGGAAGACUCCGUUGCUGAAAAAGAGAGCGACCAGAAGUCGGUCUCUGAGUGGUCUAUGCUUUCGAUGACCAAGGAGAAAACCGGUGACUCUAAGACCGCGAGCGACGACAAGCACAACUCCAAGAAGCAUGGGCAGCCUAGUGACGGCAGCAAGAAGAAGCAGGCCAUGUCUAACGAGAAUGAGAGCAACAUGUCUCUGGAGUCCGCGGUCUUGGUCAACGCCCUGGGCAACCAGAGCACCGACAGCCUCGCCGCUAGUAUUGGGACUCAGAGCAGUGCGAGUUUCGGUGAUACAUCUGGUGAUAUCGGCGAUGACGAUGUCCCUGUCUACAUGCGCCUGGACUUCUGGGAUCGUGGCACUAUCAUUGAGGAGACCGAGGAGCAGCUCGUCUCACACAUCGAGAAAGAAGUCGUCCUGAGCGUGAGGGACGACGCAUCUUUCUUGGGCAAUUCCAAGGCCUCUCCCAAUCUUAGUGCCACGAACGUUGUUCCCAGCGAGCGGUCUGAAGAGUCACGCUUGAGCGGUUCCAUGGCCUCUCCUAAUCUUGGUGCCGCGAACCUUGGGUCCGCCGAGCAGUCUAAAGAGUCGCGCUUGAGCGGUUCUAUGGCCACUCUCAGUUUUGGUGCUUCGAUCAUUGUGCCCAGUGCGCAGUCUGAAGGGGCACGUUUGAGCUCUUCCACUGCCUCUCUCGGUCUUGAUUCCUGGAACAUUGUAUCCGACGUGCAAUCUAAAGGGUCACGCUUGAGCUUUACCGCCGGCUCUCUUACUCCGGAUUCAACAACUCCCCUUUUACGCAAGGAGCCCGUGGAGAAGACUCAGUCCGCUGACCAGUCUGAAGGGUCACGCUCAAGCUUCACCUUUAUCUCUCUUACUCCCAAUUCAUCGACCCCCCUUUUGUGCAAGGAGCCCGCGGAGAAGCCUCAGUCCACUGGCCAGUCUGAAGCGUCCCGCAUGAGCUUCACCCUUGUCUCUCUCUCUCCAAAUUCAUCGACCCCCGUUUUGCGCGAGGAGAAGCACCCAGAGGAGCCCCAGUCCGCCGGCCACUCUUCCGUGAAUCUUCCUGGAAGCAGUGCCACCGCUUCCAUACACGGCCAGAACCAGAGCAAAGGCGAAGACACGGGUGAAGACAAGGGUGAAGACAAGGGCGACGACAAAGGCGACGACGCUGAGGGCGACGCCGAAAAGCCCAAGGCGACCCCACCCGUGGCACGCAAGCCUUACAAGGACCCGACUCUCUGGGUGCGCGGCUUUACCGGCACUCUUCUCAAAGGCGCCGCGCCUGGAAAACCCGCAAGACCCGACGACAGCCGCUCCUGGGAUUGUAAGAUCCUGUGGUGCAUCGAGUGUCGCGGGCCGUGCCCCAUCUGCGGGAAGCCCUGCUGCGUCCGCUGGGGUUGCGAUGAGUACCUGCACCAGCCCAUCGCGGAUCGCCAGUGGUUGAAGUCGCGUCGCUGCUUCAUGGUCAACACCCUGCUGGACCGUUACGGGAACCUGACCAGGGACCACUCGACCUACACGGUGUGCACCGAGCCCGGCGGUUGCGGACGUUAUGUCUGCUCCAACUGCUGCGGUAUCUGUUCCACUCCGAUGUGUCGCGACAUCCAGUGCAAGGACUGCAAGCCCAACCCUUGGGGCCCCUGUGACUGGCAUGAGGCAUGA